AUGACCAUGUCGGCGGACGUGGCCGCUACGCAGUGGCUGUUUUCGCGAGAUGACCUGCAGUAUACGCCUAGUGUCACGGGUACGUACGAACUGCCUGCGCCUGCGGAUACCGAGUCGUCGUCGGCGAUGGUCAAGCAUACAGCCCAAACCAUGACCUCUGAACAGGAGCGUAUCCUACGAGGCAAGGGCGUGCACCUCAUAUACAAGAUGGGGGAGUUCUUGCAAGUGGGACAGCAUGUCAUGGUGGCUGCUGCGACUUUUUUUCACCGCUUCUUCAUGCGGCGGCCGCUGCAGGUCAAUCGCGCUGGUAGCGGUUGGUCGCAUUACGAGGUGGCAGCCGCCUGUGUCUUUCUCGCGUGCAAGGCCGAAGAGAGCCUGCGGAAGCUAUCGUCCGUUGUCGAUGCUGUCAUGGCAUCGCUCGACAAGUCGCCGGAAGGCCAGAUGCGGUGGGCGGACCGGUCUUUCCGCGCGAAUCAUGGGUCGCACGAGUUUGCCAAGUGGCGCGACUGCAUCAUACUGCAUGAAGAGGCCCUCCUCACGACACUCUGCUUCGACCUGGUCGUGCCGCAGCCGCACGAGCUGCUUGUGCGUGCUGCACGGACUCUCGAGGUCGAGACGCCUCUCGCGCGUCUCGCCUGGACCAUCCUGAAUGACGCGUUCCGUGACCCGACGUGCUUGUUCUUUGACGCUCCAGUCUUGGCAUCGGGCGCUUUUCUCAAGGCAUGUACUGAACGCAACGUGGACCCAGCCAUGUACUAUGCAGCUCGGCCCUCGGAUGCGCCACGCCGCCCAGACGACGAGGGUGACGACUAUUUUGACUGGCUCGAUGUAUUUGACGUGGAUCUAGACGAGGCACGCGACGCCAUGCAAGCGAUCGAAAAGGACGUGUACGACUUCCAUCUGCCCCUGCAGCGCGUGUCUAGCAGCCGCUCAGCUCCUCAGCCACCACCCACGACGGCAUCAUCAUAG